CAUUCUUUACCUUUCUCAGGUCACCAUCACCAUCCUUUCUCUAUCUCGUGCAAAAGAAUGCCUAAAGCAUGGGAACCCAAAGGCACGGAACUAGGUGCAGGCGACAAGAUUGGGGCAGGCGACUCUUAUUUGGUCGCAGAUGCUCUCGGGGAGGAACUAUCAAAGGACAUAUUCCAGAAAGUCAAGGAAGAAGUGAAAUGGGAUGUAAUGCAUCAUCGAGGUGGUGAAGUUCCGCGAUUGGUAGCUGUUCAAGGCGAAGUAGCCGCCGAUGGGAGGUAGAAUCUGUUUCCCAAUCUAUCGGCAUCCCUCUGAUGAAUCACCCCCUCUUUGCGAGUUCACCCCCACGGUUUCCCUCAUACGGGAUCUAGUACAGCAACUUGUUGGGCACCCCGUGAACCAUAGUCUCAUACAAUAUUACCGGUCAGGAAAAGACUAUAUAUCCGAACACAGCGACAAGACCAUUGAUGUUGUUCGAGGCUCCAACAUUGUGAACGUCAGUUUAGGCGCUCAGAGGGUAAUGACACUCCGCCAAAAAAAGGACCAGACCAGGCAUGAUGGGGAUGGUGGAUCGACCGGCAAGCCCGAAAGUUCAAGCUCAGUUUCGACGCGCGUGUCUCAACGUAUUCCACUCCCCCACGGAUCGAUGUUUGUGAUGGGCUUGGAAACGAACAAAUUAUGGUUGCACGGGAUCAAUCACGAUAAUCGUCCCGUCAGUGUCAAAUCUGAUGCAGAGUUGAUGCAGGAUGGUGGACGAAUUAGUCUUACCUUUCGCCAUAUCGGGACGUAUCUGAAAGCAGAUCAGAAGAAAAUUUACGGACAGGGUGCGACUGGAAAGACGCCACUUGAGGCGAGAGAUGUUGUGAACGGUACAGAGGCUGGUGAGCGGUUGAUUUGUGCCUUUGGAGAGGAGAAUCAUAAUAGUGCGUUUGAUUGGGACAAGUGGUAUGGUUCUGGCUUUGACGUUUUGCAUUUCACUAUCAAACAUGUUUGAAACGCCCCUUUUUCCCUUUUUGUAUGAUACUGAUGUUAUUCUUUAUGCAAUUCCCUACACCCUGUGCGCUCGAUCGAGUUCUCCACAUAAUCGCCCGUCAUUUUUGGAACCUGCUCGACGCGUGACUUGUUCUGCUACCAUAUUGAUAUUCUGUCCCCCAAAUUCUGCAUCCCUCAUCCUGACCUUCCUCCCUCUUUGACCAUUCGUUCGCGUGCAGAAUGACGCCUUACAAGUUCUUGCCGCAAAAGCGUACAGCUUUAUUCAACUUCCUCGAAUCGCCAAAACCGACAAAAUUACCUCGGACACUCACAGACCCCAUCAUCGGAGCAAGGGAUCAUCCACAAGCUUUUAUCCUAAUCAAAGAUCCUGAACUGGAACGCGUUUUCAGCGCCACCAAACUCCCAUUCGGCGUCCAAUUUGAAAUCGCUCGCAUCGCGAACAAUAAAAAUAAACAGGAGCAACUCAAAAGUAUCAAGGAACAUAUUCGCGAUAUCACUGAUUCUGGGCAGCGUUCGAGGAACAGGAACGUUGAAGGGGUUACGAGACUUCAUCGAAAUUUGAAGCUGGAAUCGCGUUUUUCACAUGCUGAGAUAGCUGCUACGACACCAUGGCUGGCCCUUGACCUCGAAGAGGCGGUCCUCUCCCAAGACCAAUAUGGUGGUGUCGGUCACAGAAGUCUAAAGGAACUGGGCCUGGACGAUAUGCAAGGCAAAAAAGAAGCCUCAAAUGAUCUUUACUUCGGGGACACAGUCGACUUUCUCGCAAAGAUGGACAGUCUCACCAAGAUUUGCUUGGAGAGGGCUGUUAAAGCACCAUCCAAUAAACUCAAAAGGCGUUUUGGAAGCACGAGAAUUAUGAGAUGCAAGAUCCCGGAGAAGUUGUUGGGGAAAGGGCCGGAGAUUGUGAAAUUUUUCGAACAGCCUAUCGCUUUGUGGAGCUGGGUUUUUCGAGCGUUUUAUGCGAAGGAUGAAUCAGUUUAUCUUUUCAGAACUAAUGAAACUGUUGACGGUGACGGCCAGAUUCAAGAAACAGCCCAAGGACUCUCAGUUCUGAAGCUCGUGGAUUGGAUCAAUUCUCUUGAGUGGAAUGGUAGUCAAAAAAUGUCCAAAUGGGCCACUCGUGUAUCACUCGUUCUUUCUCCAUCUGUACCUGGACCUCUGCUCGAACGCCACGCUAUCCACGAGCUCAAGGACAUCAUCUCCACUGAAGGUUCUGACCUAACUGACGGCUGUGGCAUCGGAAACACUUCUUUCUUCAGAGCCAUUCAAGAAAGGUAUGGCUUGGCUGGGGCUCCGAAUGCCAUACAGUUUCGUCUUUAUGGAGCAAAGGGGAUGCUACUACUUGACGCACAAACGGAAGACAAGGGGACGCCAGAAAUCUGGUUGCGACAAUCGCAGAUCAAAAUUCGCUAUUCUGUGAAGCCCGACAUUGAUCCCUCCCAUUUGACUGUCGAUAUCCUCCGGCUGUCUCGAGUGAGAUCACCUGCAAGGCUGUCAACCGAGGUCAUCAUCAACCUCCAUCAUAACGGUGUACCGGCGGAUGUUUUCAAAGACAUCGCAGAAGAAAACUUGAAGGCAAAAAUAGAACCCUUUUUCGACUUCGGUGUGGACGAGCAAGAUAUGACAAUGGCAAGUAAACGCCUCUGGAAAACGGCUGAGGAGGCGGAGAAUGUUCUCAACGCCGUCAAAGCGCGGCAUGAUGUUACGACUGUUCGCUUCCGUGGCUACUCAGAGCAGGACAAGGACGCUGAUGGUCUGCAAGAAGCAAAUGGUGAAGCACAGUCGACCGCGUGGUGGCCGGAUCCUUGUUCUGGAUGCCCGUCCUCGAUUGCGGAGACCAUAAUGGAUCUGUUAUUGGCAGGUUUCCAUCCCCGGAAUUGUACUUUCCUUCGAGAUAAGAUCUAUAGACUCGCGAAGAAGAAAAUCGAGAUUAUGUGUACAAAGCAUAAUUGGCACAUGGCAGCCAGUGCGACUGCGUAUGCUGUUCCCGAUCCGUACGCGGUUUUGGGCCCGAACCAAAUAUAUUUUAGAAGCUCAUCGAAGGAGUUUGUUGUCGGAGGUAGUUCUUUAAAAACAGAUAUCGUCACGGGAGAGGUUCUUAUCACGCGCAGCCCGUGCAAGCUCCCAACAGAUGUUCGAAAGGUGCAAUCCAUAGAUCAUCCUGCCCUCGCGAAUAUACAUGACGUUGUCGUGUUUCCCGUAAAAGGCUCUCGUAGGCUUAUUGAUUUUCUUGCUGGCGGGGACUAUGACGGAGACAGGGUUACGGUCAUAUGGAACCCCGCACUUGUGGCGCCGUUUACUAACUCGCCCGACAAGUUCUCAGUGGAACCUCCUCACAUCAAGCAGUGUUUCAACGAGGAGACAGAAACCGUCAAACAAUUCAGCAUUCGCCAUUAUCAACUGUCACACGAUAGUGAACGGAUUAAGUCGCUGCAAGGAUAUCUUUUGGGUGGUCUUCAGGACCGAUUCCUCGUUGGACUGUAUUCCAUGCGCCAUGACAAGUGGACCUAUACGCACGGCCUUCACCACGAACUCACCAUCCGCGAGGCUUAUAUGUUUUGCGCCGUUCUAGAUUCACUCAAAAGUGGACGCAAACUCCUCCCUGAGGUCCGUCGCCGAGACAUCCACUAUCCAUCGAAAGACGCCGUUCUGCCUUGGAAAACUGUACUGGAAAGAAUCUCUCCCCAAACAAAUUCAACUCCGUCAUUCAAGCAGACUCCAACCAAUUCGCUGAUUCGUGACCACGGACAUUUGGGCCGAUUUAUCAUGGACGAACUCAGCGAGGUUGCAAGAGAGCAGUUCCGUAAAUGGACAGCUCGUGCAGAGACCAUCUUCGAUGCAAAGUCUCAGCAACCCGACAAACGUCAAUCAACCUUCAUUCUCGGCGCUGACCCAGACCUUUAUGGUCCAUGGGAGAAAGUCCUAGCGAUCGCAAAACGCCGUGCGGACGAGUCGAACCCGGACUACAGCUUGCAGAACGACCUGCAACUUAUCCGAAGCCACGUCGAGAGCGUCAUGAACAGACCUCACUAUUUGAACAAAGGAUCUUCUUUCACCGACAAAUCAAUUGUCUCUCGCCAGGAUGAGAUACGCGCCUUAUCGAGAGAAUUUUCACUCCGACCCCAGCUGGUGGAUAUGAGUUCUAUCUGCGAUAACGCUACAUUGACGCGAUUACGUGCGUCCUGCGCAUAUGCACUUUGUAGAAAUAAUACCGGCUAUCAGUUUCCCUGGGUGGUGGCCUUCCACGAGCUGUGUUUGAUGAAGGCAGACUCAUCGUCAUCAUUUAAACCGGUCAUAGGUGCAUUUGCGGACAGUCUCAAUUUGACCAAAGCCGCCACACAGGCUUAGAACGAUCGUGAGAGCAGUUUCUUGAUUUUGUAAAUGUUGUAGGAUCUAGUUACUUGAAAUGUAGGAAGUGUGGUUGCCUUUGAG